GUUCUCGUGAGAGAGAACGAAAGCUUGAGGACGAGGAAAUGUCAGUGUGGAAAGAGAAAUCCUAACGAGGAUCGGUUGUCUCUGAUCUCUCAUUUCUUUUCUUUAUUCGAUUCUACUCAUUCUUCGUCUUGAAGUCUUCUCGAAAAGUUAGUGUCCUGAUCUGGAGCUCAAUUUCCCCCCAAAAAGGAGCAAAAUUGUUGCGGAUCUUCGAGCUGAAGCUCUUGCUGAAGGGAUUUGAGAAACCCUAGAUCAGAGCCGAGCUGUUGUAGGUUUUAUCAACAUAUGACAUUCUUGAGCUUGAAGAAUGAGAAAAUAGGAUUUGGCGGAUCUCUACGAGAGAGGGGUUGGGUUUCAGUAAAAGAUGCCACCUUCACCAUCUUUGAGGUGUUCUCCUGGGAGAGAGCGCAGAAUGGAGAACACCCAUAAGAGGGGUCGCAGUUUCGAGAUUGGAUUGACACUCAAAGCUAAAGAUGAUGAUCUUGCCUUGUUCAGCGAUAUGCAGAAUAAGGAAAGAGAGGGCUUCUUGCUCCACACGACUGAUGAUUUCGAUGAUUCUCUUUCAAAAUUAAGAUACCUCUCAGACUUCAGGCUUGGUGUCAACAUUCCAGCUCGAGGAGAGAGCAGCGAUCUUUUGAAUGCAGAUGGAGAUAAAAAUGAUUAUGAUUGGUUAUUGACUCCUCCGGAUACCCCGCUUUUUCCAUCUUUGGAUGAUGACGAGCCUCAACGUCAGAACCUGCUCCCGAGGGGCAGGUCUCGGAGUCAACCCAUUAAUAUUUCAAGAUCAUUGUCCAUGAAUGAGAGAACUCGUGGGACUAGUCGCGGAAGUGCUAGUCCACAUCGUCUUAGCCCAUCCCCUCGAUCUAGUACUACCUCCAGACAAUCAAUGUCAAGGCCAUCUACAGCUUCUCGCUCUAGCCCAUCUCCUGUUUUAAGGCCUGGAACGCCUUCACGGAGACCAUCCACUCCUCCAAAUAAACCAACAACACCAACCCCGAGGUCUUCAACUCCCACAUAUAGGAAGACGGACACCAUUUCAAGUGGGCAGCCAUCAUCUUCUGGAAGAAGGGGGACAUCUCCCAUGAGAGCAAGUCGUGGAAAUUCUGCUUCACAAAAAUUACGGGGAUGGCAAUCAAACAUUCCUGAUUUCCCCUCUGAUGCACCUCCAAACCUGCGAACGUCAGUGUCUGAUAGGCCAUCACCGCAUAUGAGGGGUUUGUUUCCAACACCUAGAAGUGGGAAGGGCAGGCAUACUAUGUCACCUACUGCUUCUAAAAGUGCCAGCUUAUCUCACAGUAACGACCGAGAUCUCUUCAGCUCAUAUAGCAAGGGUUCUGUAGUCUCUUCUGGUGAUGAUGAUGUGGAUUCCCUGCAAUCUUUCGAAAUUCCUAGCAGUGCUCCUAGAAGAAAUGGACUGUCAAUAAAUAGCAGGCCUGUGGCAUUCUCCAAGAAACCAUCCAGAAAUUCACCUUCAUAUUCAGUGCCCAAAAGAUCAUUCGAGUCUUUGGUUCGACAGAUGGAUCAGCGUAAGACUCCUCAAAACAUGUUCAGGCCACUUAUGUCAAGUGUUCCUUCAACCACAUUUUAUGGUGGAAAAUCAAAUAAUACAUACAGGCCAAUGUUCUCUAGAAAUUCUUCACUCACAACUAGCACUAGUGCGAGCUCUGACCAAGGUGCCAGUAUUGCACCUGAUAUGGAGGGUAGUGAGCAUGAUCAGAAUGAGCUUACUGUAGAAUGGGAAAGAACACAUGACCCUGACACCCAAGAAGAAGUUUUUAUCUUUGACAAGGUAGAUGAUGUGACCGAAGACACUGUUCAAGAAUUGCACACUGUUGGUUUUGAUGCAGAUAUUUCAAACAAAAUUGAUACACGUGAAUCUGAACGUUCAGUGGUUACCUCUAGUGGUGUUACAAGCCCACUUGCUACUGAAGCUGCAUAUGGCACUGGCAAUUCAUCUGUGGUUGAUGGUUGUGAAAUUAUGGCAAUUUGUUCUAGAUGUCGAAAAAGGUUCCAUCUUCUGGGAGUGGAUGGAGAAACAGAACUUUGUCAAGAAUGUACGAACAAAGAUGGGAUCUUUGCUGUAGAACCUUCAUUAAAUCCAAGUGCAACUCAGAAUCAAACUGUAGAAUUGGAAGUUAACGCUGAAAUGGAUAUACCAGUGAAUGAAGUGCAGCUUAGUGUUGGUAUUCCUGAAUUGAAUGAAAGGAGAAAAGACGACAGUAUAGUAGGUCAACAUGGAAAUAUCAGUGAGGAAGUCCCUAAAAACAGUUGUCCUGUUCAAUUGGUGAUGGAUCAAUUAACACCACACAUUUCUGAACAGCAAUUAGAGAGCAAAGAAGGUGCAGAUCCUGCCCAUUCUAAGUAUGGAAAUAAGUUUGGACAGACAGAACCCACUUCACUUCCUAGUCAUAUGAUUGAAAACCCUGAAGGCACAGGAAUAUCUGUACUGCUGCAGCAGUCGAGCAGCAGCAAGUGGCCUGUUGUGCGAUCAAGGGAUUUCUCUGCAACAAAUAUACACUGUGCUGAGCCUUCUUAUCUAAGAGAUAACACAAGUUUCAUGAAAUGCAGCAUUUCUCAGGACAGUGUUUCAGCUUCUUCCUCUGUAGAUUUGGGAUCAUCCAGACAAAUGGGUGUUUGCAUUCAAGGCCAAAUAAGCGGUGGGAAAAGCGAAGUGGACAGUGUGAGAAGCGAUACAAAUGCAGAUGCAAAAUCUCAAUGCAGCGGUUCAUAUUCUGAUAUUAAAAUCAAUGCAUACGAAUCAUCAGUUCCUUCAAAAGAUUACACUGAAGGGAGAUUAAGUGGUUCCACAGAGGGGAUGGAAAAGAAGGCUUUACAAGGAUCAGGUUUAGUCACUGGGGAGAUUGACAGCUCUUCAGAUCUCACGGACAUCCAUGCUACACAUUUAUCAUCUAGCGAGGGAGAUCUUGUUGAUAGUGAUGCUCAUAUUAAUGGCGAUUGUUUUCCUGCAAAAGACUCGUCAGAUUCCCAGUUGUUGGGUUACAUGGAAAUGCAUCAUUAUGGAAGUUCAGAAGAAGCUCUAAAGGAUGAAGAUUGUCCUUCAUGCAUAAACGACAAUGAAGGUCCUUGGAGAAAGGACGAAACACGGGAUAUAGAAGAGCCCAAAAACAUUCCAAAUUCUUUUGUCAUUUCAGAAGAAACUGUGCUAAAUGGUCCUACUUUUCGAAGUGAUAUCUCUGAUACUGCAAUGAAUAGCUCCUCUGUUUUUACUUUAGAGUCGCCACAUGAUCAUGCUAGCUUUCAAGACCUGCAAACUGAGCGUGAACCUGCUGGAAGUCCAAAUAAUGGGGAGGCAUCACAUGAACGCUCUCUUUCCACAACAUCUUCCACAACAUCUCAUAAGGGCAUGCUUGUUUCUACUUUGGAAUCUGAGCUGGAUGAUCACACUCAUGGUAUCCAUGAAGAGUCGACUGUUGUAGUUGAAGGUUCGAAAGGACAAGCAUCAAGAAGCUUGACCCUUGCAGAAGCAACCGACAGCAUACUCUUCUGCAGUUCGAUAAUUCAUGAUAUUGCCUAUAAAGCUGUAAGCAUUGCAAUGGAUAAGGAAUCAGCGAUACUCCCGGAGACUUCUCGGCCAACAGUUACAAUAUUAGGAAAAACUGCCAGCAAAAAUGAUUCAAGAAAAGCACCCAGUAAACAUUCACCAAAAUCCCAAAAAUUCAGAAGAAAGAGGUCAGAAACUCCAAAUAAGUCACCGCUGACAGAGUCAGGAAACAAUGUGAUUGUCCAAGAAUCAAAACCUGCAAAUGGCGAGAAUAUCCCGCACAAGGUUCCUGAUAGUAUAAAGCCCCCGAAAUUGGAAUCCAAGUGCAACUGCGCUGUGAUGUAGAUAGGGACUUACCGUAUUUGGCAUAUUUAUUCUCUGCUCUCCUUUCUUUAUUGUACCUAGCAUAAACAUUUUCAGCGCAAUACCGCUAUGCCGUUGGGUAUAGAAUUUAUUUUUAAGAAGAUGCCGCUUGUUUGAUAUGGUGGUUGUAAAAUUGUAGCCCUUUCUCUUUUUUCCUUUUCCUUUUCCUUUUCCUUGCCUAUGAUCACUUUUUGGUCUGGUUUCGUUCGGUUGCUGCUGUAUUCUUUUGUUUAGAGGAAGAGCUUGCAGUUUGAGCUAUUCUUUUUGUAAAUCUUCAUCGGUGUUCUCUAAUGUAUGGUUCUCCAGCACCC